UUGUGUGUAGGACUACAAAGAAGCCAUCAAUCUAAUGCCAAACAACAGAGAUAAUGGUCUAAUUCCUGGAAACGACAAAUUUAAGCCAGUGUUACCCUGGCCUCAUGUUGAAGGGGUGGAAGUAGACUUGGAAUCAAUUCGACGAAGGAAUAAGGCCAAAAAUGAGAGAUUUCCUCAUGCUGGUGGAAAGAAUGAUCAGCAAAAUAUUAUGCAGAGACAGUAUCUUACUUUUAAGCCACAGACACAUAUCCACCAUGACCCUGUAUUGCGACCUGGAAUUCUUGGUAAUUUUGAACCCAAAGAACCUGAAUCCCAUGGAGUUAUAGGUGGUCCUGGUGAGGAAGCCAAGCCAUUUGUUUUAGGACCAGAAUAUAAAGAAUCUAUUCAAGCCAGCAUUAAAGAAUUUGGGUUCAACAUGGUAGCAAGUGAUAUGAUCUCAUUAGAUCGGAGCAUUAAUGAUUUACGUCAAGAAGAGUGCAAAUACUGGCACUACGAUGAAAACCUUCUCACCUCCAGCGUUAUCAUUGUCUUCCAUAAUGAAGGGUGGUCUACACUCAUGCGGACAGUUCAUAGUGUCAUUAAAAGAACUCCAAGAAAAUAUCUGGCUGAAAUUGUUUUAAUUGAUGAUUUUAGUAAUAAAGAACACUUAAAAGAAAGACUAGAGGAUUAUAUUAAGCAGUGGAAUGGCCUUGUAAAGAUUUUUCGAAAUGAAAGGAGAGAAGGUUUAAUUCAAGCUAGAAGCAUUGGAGCCCAGAAGGCUAAACUUGGAAAGGUUUUAAUUUACCUUGAUGCCCACUGUGAGGUGGCAGUAAACUGGUAUGCGUCACUAAUAGCUCCUAUAUCUAAAGACAGAACCACAUGUACUGUGCCGCUUAUAGAUGUCAUAGAUGGCAACACUUAUAAUAUUGUACCCCAAGGGGGUGGUGACGAAGAUGGGUUUGCUAGAGGAGCAUGGGAUUGGAGCAUGCUCUGGAAGAGGGUUCCCCUGACCAAACGUGAGAAGGCAAUGAGAAAGACAAAAACUGAGCCGUAUCGAUCGCCUGCGAUGGCUGGUGGAUUAUUUGCCAUUGAACGUGAUUUCUUUUUUGAGUUAGGUCUCUAUGAUCCAGGUCUACAAAUCUGGGGUGGUGAAAAUUUUGAAAUAUCCUACAAGAUUUGGCAGUGUGGAGGACAGCUGCUAUUUGUGCCUUGUUCUCGUAUUGGGCACAUAUAUCGUCUCCAGGGAUGGCAAGGGAAUCCACCUCCAGCUUAUGUUGGAUCAUCUCCUACUUUAAAGAACUAUGUCCGUGUUGUUGAGGUCUGGUGGGAUGAAUUCAAAGAUUAUUUCUAUGCUAGUCGUCCUGAAACAAAAGCACUAGCUUUUGGGGACAUAUCAGACCUGAAGAAUUUUCGUGAAGAUCACAAAUGCAAAAGCUUUAAAUGGUUUAUGGAAGAAAUAGCCUAUGAUAUAACUUCUCAUUAUCCUCUGCCACCUAGAAAUGUGGAGUGGGGAGAGAUUAGAGGUUUUGAAGCAGCAUACUGCAUAGAUAGUAUGGGUCAUACCAAUGGAGGCUUUGUGGAACUUGGUCCAUGCCAUAGAAUGGGAGGAAAUCAACUCUUCAGAAUUAAUGAAGCUAACCAACUCAUGCAGUAUGACCAAUGCUUGAUUAAAGGACCUGAUGGAUCAAAAGUUAUGAUUACACAUUGCAAUUUAAAUGAAUACAAGGAGUGGCAAUACUUCAAGAAUCUUUAUAGAUUUACUCACAUUUCAUCAGGGAAAUGCUUGGACCGUUCAGAGGUUCUACAUCAAGUAUUUAUUUCAGAUUGUGACUCAAAUAAAGCAACACAAAAAUGGGAAAUGAACAAUAUCCUAAGUGUGUAAACAAAAUAGCUGCAUCUACCUACUGACAAAUGUAAUUUGUAAAGAACUGAAAAUAACCUGAAAACUGCUGCAACUGUUAACUUGUAUAGCUGGGAGCCUGGAAUGUCCUGAUCUGGAUGAAGGAUUUAGACGAACUGUGAUAGAUUUAUCAUCUGCAGUUAAUGUUUACAAAAACUGCUCUUACCUUAAAUGUCAAUAGAUGUUUACAUCUCUUUGCUUUCUU